GAAUUUAGAAGUUGAAGUCAGUGGAUGUUACCUGCAGACUCUUUUUUAUUUUAGACUAUAUGUUAAAAAAAAUAACAGUUCACGUAUAGGCCAAAUACAAACAACAACCAUAUAAAUAAUAAUAAUACGACUGUUCAAAAUAAUUAUAUUGUAAGGCCAUUUGUGUUCAUCAUUAGACGAGUCUUUAAGUUUGUGCAGUGUGUGUGAUGUGUGUCCUGCUCGUGCGUGGUCUUCCAGAGAAGCGGCUGAUAUCUCUGUGCGUGGGCUGCGGGAACCAGAUCCACGACCAGUACAUCCUGCGGGUCUCCCCGGACCUGGAGUGGCACGCCGCCUGCCUCAAAUGCGCCGAGUGCAACCAGUACCUGGACGAGUCCUGCACGUGCUUCGUCCGGGACGGAAAGACUUACUGUAAACGGGACUACAUCAGGUUGUACGGCAUUAAAUGCGCCAAGUGCAACAUCGGCUUCAGCAAGAACGACUUCGUGAUGCGGGCCCGCUCCAAGGUCUACCACAUCGAGUGUUUCCGCUGCGUGGCCUGCAGCCGACAGCUCAUACCUGGGGACGAGUUCGCUCUGCGGGAGGACGGGCUCUUCUGCCGGGCCGACCACGACGUGGUGGAGCGCGCCAGCAUGGGCCCCGGUGGCGUCCCGCUCAGCCCGCUGCACCCCGCCAGGCCGCUGCAGAUGGCAGCAGAACCAAUCUCGGCCCGGCAGCCCGCGCUGCGGCCUCACGUCCACAAGCAGCCGGAGAAGACGACGCGCGUGCGGACGGUGCUGAACGAGAAGCAGCUGCACACGCUGCGGACCUGCUACAACGCCAACCCGCGGCCCGACGCGCUCAUGAAGGAGCAGCUGGUGGAGAUGACUAGCCUCAGCCCGCGCGUCAUCCGCGUGUGGUUCCAGAACAAGCGGUGUAAGGACAAGAAACGGAGCAUCCUGAUAAAGCAGCUGCAGCUGCAGCAGCCUAACGACAAGACGAACAUCCAGGGAAUGACGGGCACCCCGAUGGUGGCGGGCAGUCCGGAGCGGCACGACGGCGGCCUCCAGGCCAACCCGGUGGAGGUGCAGAGCUACCAACCGCCCUGGAAGGUCCUCAGCGACUUCGCCCUGCAGAGCGACAUCGACCAGCCGGCCUUCCAGCAACUGGUUCGUUCCGUUUUUGUUGUUGUUUUGUUUUCGAAAUGUAUUUAUUCAGUUGCAAUAUUCAAAAUGUCCAAUUCGUUUUUCAAUUGUAAUUUACAAAUAUGCGCGUGCACUCAAUCCCAUGAUGGGACACUUACAAUCUGUAUUGAGUCCGUGGACCUUUGUUAUUCAAAUCCAUAACGUCUCCGUGGACGCGCGUUUAUUAAAAGACAAAUGGUUUCUUAAUUUUCCAACACGUUUUUGUAUUUCUACUAAUGUCACUCAUCUUUAUUAAAGUCAUAGAGGAAGGCAUGUUUUGGCUAUGGAGGGGGAAAACACACACCUGUCCCAUCAGGGGAUGCUGAUGUAGAGACACGGGACCAACGAUGGGACGUAUUUAUUUUUUACUCGUGUUGCUUCAUG